AUGGGGGCUAUUUGUUUGGCGUGGCACUUUUGUUUGUUUUUGCUCUUGUUAAACAAUCGUGAAAGCCCUGAGAGUGCUGGAAUUCUAGACAUUGAUGAGUGCACAGAAGGAACUGAUGUCUGUCAUGUCGAUGCAAUCUGUCAGAAUACACAGAUGUCGUAUAAGUGCAUAUGCAAGGCAGGCUAUAAAGGAAAUGGAAAGAAAUGUGAAGACAUUGAUGAAUGUGAUAGAGAAUACAAUGGAGGCUGCGUCCAUGAAUGCAUCAACAUUCCAGGAAACUAUCGUUGCACUUGCUAUGAUGGAUUCAUGUUGGCACAUGAUGGACACAAUUGUUUGGAUGUUGACGAGUGUAGAUUUAACAACGGUGGCUGUCAACAUACUUGUGUAAAUACGGUGGGUAGUUAUGAAUGUCAGUGCAAAGAUGGAUUCUUUCUGAGUGACAACCAGCAUACCUGUAUUCAUCGUUCUGAAGAAGGAAUGAGCUGCAUGAACAAAGACCAUGGAUGUGCCCAUAUCUGUAGAGAAACACCAAAAGGAGGAGUAGCAUGUGAAUGUAGGCCUGGUUUUGAACUAGCCAGGAAUCAGAGAGGAUGCAUAUUAACAUGCAAUCAUGGAAAUGGUGGGUGCCAUCAUACCUGUGAUGAUUCGGAUGAUGGACCUGUUUGUGGCUGCCAUCAAAAGUAUGCCUUGCUCUCUAAUGGGAAGAUCUGUAUUGAAAAGGCUGAGGCUGCAAUUGAGAACUCUGAAUACAAUGCCACGUCAGUAACUGAUGUGGACAAGCGGGUGAAACGCCGACUGCUAAUGGAGACAUGUGCUGUUAAUAAUGGAGGCUGUGAUCGCACCUGUAAAGAUACCUCUACUGGUGUUAGGUGCAGUUGUCCUGUUGGAUUCACACUACAACCAGAUGGAAAGACUUGUAAAGAUAUUGAUGAAUGCCUGAUCAAUAAUGGUGAUUGUGAUCACUUCUGUAAGAAUACUAUUGGCAGUUUUGACUGCAGCUGCAAGAAAGGCUACAAACUUUUAACAGAUGAAAGAACCUGCCAAGAUAUUGAUGAAUGCUUCUUUGACAGAGCAUGUGAUCACAUUUGUGUCAACUACCCAGGAUAUUUUGAGUGUGUUUGUAAGAAAGGAUAUACCUUGUAUGGGCUAACGCAUUGUGGAGAUGUUGAUGAGUGCAGCAUCAACAAUGGAGGCUGUGAACACAGAUGUGUAAACACAGUGGGAAGUUACGAGUGCCAUUGUCAACCUGGUUAUAAAUUACAUUGGAAUAAAAAAGACUGUGUUGAAACCUGUGAUUUUGGAUGCAUGCGACGGAAGACUGAGAAAAGGCUUCGAAAAACAACAAGAACACUGAGGAAGUCAAUCAACAGGGAGCAGUUCUACCUCCGUGUGGCUGGAACUGAAUAUGAGGUGGCUAAGAAAACAGCAAAAACAGUGGAUUUGCAGGAAUUGUGUGCAGCUGGCCAGGUUCCUCAGAAUAACAGAUGUGUCAGUUGUAGCGCUGGCACAUACUAUGAUGGCGAACAGGAGAGAUGUAUAUUAUGUCCUGCUGGUACAUAUCAAGAUGAAGAAGGACAGCUUUCGUGUGAGCCCUGCCCAAACCCUGAAAGCCAAGGAGACCAAAGAUCAACUGGUGCACGUAAUGUUUCAGAAUGUGGAGGACAGUGUCUGGAUGGAGAAUUUUCAUCUGAUGGAUUCAGGCCAUGUCAACCAUGUCCUUUUGGAACGUACCAGCCAGAAAUUGGACGGACUUCUUGCUUCUCUUGUGGAGGAGGUUUAACAACAAAACGUGAAGGAUCAGCAACAUUUCAGGAUUGCGAAACUAAAGUUCAGUGUUCAGCUGGCCAUUUUUAUGAUACAAACACGCACAGAUGCAUACGAUGUCCGGUGGGGUUGUACCAGCCAGAGUUUGGGCAAAAUCACUGCAUUGCUUGUCCUGGAAAUACCACCACAGAUUUUGAUGGAUCAACUAAUAUUACUCAAUGUAAAACUUUGUCUAAUUCAGUAACAACCUAUGAAACCUGUCAGACCUAUGAGCGGCCCAUUGCAUUCACUUCAAGAUCAAGGAAAUUAUGGAUUCAAUUCAAGUCCAAUGAAGGGAAUAGUGGCAAAGGAUUUCAGGUUCCAUAUGUAACAUAUGACGAGGAUUACCAAGAACUGAUUGAAGAUAUAGUUAGAGAUGGUCGCUUGUAUGCAUCUGAGAAUCAUCAAGAAAUACUAAAGGACAAGAAACUCAUCAAGGCCCUAUUUGAUGUUUUAGCACAUCCACAGAAUUAUUUUAAAUAUACAGCACAAGAAUCCAGAGAAAUGUUCCCAAGGUCAUUCAUUCGACUAUUGCGUUCAAAAGUUUCCAGAUUUCUACGGCCAUACAAAUAG